CGCAGAUCACGUUGUUAAGAGAACAGUGAGUGAUUCUAUGCUGCACUACGUCCACAGACGUCUGGUUUUCUUGACGUCAGGAGAAGUCUAGUGGACACAACGCUGCGCACAAGCACAGCAACCACAUCGCUCCCACAGGCAAGGAGAACACAUCACAGCGACAGAUCGCCAUUUAGCUGUAGUGUGGCUAAUCGGAUCAGCAUUGUAGGAUGCCUCUUGGAGAGGAUGGAAAUGGAUGGAAAAAGAAGACAUCAGACAUCAAAGAACAUUAUGACUUCAAAGAAGUACUGGGGACGGGAGCUUUCUCAGAGGUGGUUCUAGCAGAGGAGAAGAGGACCCAGAGGCUGGUGGCCAUCAAGUGUAUCCCUAAGAAAGCGUUGGAGGGCAAAGAGAACAACAUCGAGAAUGAGAUUGCGGUACUACACAGAAUCAAACACGCCAACAUUGUCACACUGGAGGACAUCUUUGAAAACACAUCCCAUCUAUAUCUCGUCAUGCAGCUGGUAUCUGGAGGUGAGUUGUUUGACAGGAUAGUGGAGAAAGGUUUCUACACAGAGAGAGAUGCCAGCCAACUUAUCCACCAGAUCUUGGAUGCAGUCAAAUAUCUCCACGAUAUGGGCAUCGUCCACAGAGACUUGAAGCCAGAGAAUCUGCUGUAUUACAGUAUGGACGAAGACUCUAAAAUUAUGAUCAGUGACUUCGGAUUGUCGAAGAUUGAGGGAGCAGGCAGUGUCAUGUCCACAGCCUGCGGUACGCCUGGAUAUGUGGCUCCCGAGGUGCUCGCUCAGAAGCCGUACAGCAAAGCAGUGGACUGCUGGUCCAUAGGAGUUAUUUCUUAUAUUCUGUUAUGUGGAUACCCUCCGUUUUACGAUGAAAACGAUGCCAAGUUAUUUGAGCAGAUUCUGAAAGCAGAGUAUGAAUUUGACUCUCCGUACUGGGACGACAUCUCAGAUUCAGCCAAAGACUUCAUCUGUCACCUGAUGGAGAAAGAACCUUUGAAGAGGUAUACAUGUGAUCAGGCGCUCCAGCACCCAUGGAUCUGUGGAGACACAGCUCUGGACAAGAAUAUCCAUGAAUCUGUCAGCGCUCAAAUCAAGAAGAACUUUGCCAAAAGUAAAUGGAAGCAAGCAUUUAAUGCCACAGCGGUGGUGCGCCACAUGCGGAAGUUGCAGCUGGGCACAAGUCUCGAGGGACCGAGUCAGAUUACUCCCACCAGUCCCUGCCAUGGACAUCUGCUCCCAGAGGAAGAGGAAGAGGAGGAGGAGGAGGAGGAGGAGGAAGACAAGUUGGGGAAUGGGGAGGAGGAGAGCUUAUCCCACUAUGAGGACGGUCGCCGUGGCAGCACCGAGGGCAGCGCAGACCGGGACAGCCUGAGAAGCUGCACCUACUGCUGCAGGCCAGCCAGUCGCGUUUGAGCCCAGCCUCCGGUUGUCAUGGUGACAUUGUAUCCCUGGAGCGCCCAGAGCCCGCCCGCCCAGUCUGGCCAGGAAUGCAGAGUAGUUAUCAGGCAGUGUCCACCAGAAUACAUCCACAGCCAGCAGGUCACAGUGUGGAGAAAUAUACUGUAAGUCUUUCCCCCACAAUAAAAAAUACAACAUACACACAUCCUGACUCAAGACACACAAGUUUUAACUUUUUUGCUUGUUGCAGAACAGAAUGCAAGGCUGCUCCCGAGUAGACAGUGAUUUAAAGAAAGGGCCAGUCUGCAUGAUAAGCAACCUAACAUAGAGUUGUCCAGCUACAGCAGACAGGAGUCAUUACAGUGUGUUCUGUAAAAUACGUUGUUGGAAGGUUCCAGUCUUCUGGAGUUUAAUCAAAGAAUAGGCAGUGGCCCAAAGGCAGACUUCUCUAUAAUUUUUGUUCUCACAUUAUCUUUCACAUCUACCUCUAUUCAUAAUUAAGGUCAGUCUACAUCCAUCUGGCUCACGCGCUCUACAUUACUGGCAGCCUUCUCCAAAAAUCUGGCCAGACAGGGCACAAAGAAAAGGGAAACACUGAAAGCUACUCCUGCAUGUCUUAAUACUCCUUACCCCUCAAUGUGACUCGCUCCGGUCGCUGACCAAGUAGCUGUUUAGUUGAAUAGAGUUCAUCUUGAGGCAUGACUUCACUGCCGAUGCCCCCCGCCCAUUUGUUCUGUUUUAUCACUUUUUUCUCAUAUUAAGUGUUUCUGUCCUUUUUAUAAGUAUUUCAUUGUUUUUUAAAGCUUUUGGACUCUAUAUUCUGGCUCAGACUGGGUUUGUGAAGAGCGGUUCUGAGUGUGUGCAUGCUUCUGUUGGAGAAAAAAAUAUUGAAAUUGAUGAAUAUCAGAAGGAGACUUUUUGUUUUAUGGCUGUUCUGUUAGGAGAGGCUCAAACUGAGAUCCCUGUGCGCCUGUAAAUCAGAAGAAUCGUAUCUGACUAUCCUCUGUGAGCUCACAUCAUGUAAGAAAGAAAGAGUUAUGGGUUAGUGUUAGUGUUGCGAAUCCACUGUGCGUGGGAAGAAAAAGAUCAUACAUCACCAUGCACAUUCUCUCUGUUCUGUUGCUGACAAGCGUCUAAAUAUUGUCCGGCUCUGGAUCUUAUGCCGGGUCGGAGGGAUCUCAGUCUGAGCGCUCCGCCUGCUCUGUGCUGUGCACCUCUAGUGGAAGAAGUUUUGGUCUACUGUUUGCAUGACCUGGUUAAAUAUGUUUACAUGAAUGAUGAUCAAUUAGUAUAAACACACGAUUAUUAUUACUCUGUUGUAUUUAAAAAUGAUGUAAUACUGUAAUUUUGAGCUAUAUAAUGUGAAGUGAGUAACACCAGAAGUAAUGUUGUUGACAAAGUACAACACAGCACAGUGGACUUAUCAUUUGCAUUUACUACGACGGUCAAGUCUCUACCCGAGUGACAUUUCUCCUGUACUUUGUUUGUUUACAACUCAAAUAUUCAGUUUUCCUGUCGUUGCUUUUGUAUUAUUUAUUUAUUCCCUUUUGAUACCCAGGCACAAGCAGAAAAAAAUACACAUAUCUUAAUUAAACGCAUGUGCCAGCCACAGU